AUGGAGGCGCGCCAGGGCGCCCACGUGUGCGCCGAGCUCCCAGCUGAGCGGGCAAGGGUUUUCUUCCGGGUUUGGGUUGCAGACGCUGUGGCCUACAGCCCCAUGACCCACAUCCAGCUGCUCAUCGGUGUGGGUCGCCUGCUGUGGUCUCCAGACACUGCUGGCUGGGGCUGUGGGGUCCCGCAUGAUGAAGCAGUGAUGCCGGUCCCCGGCAGCCUCGGGGGGAUCUGGACAGGCAGGGGGAACAGCAGCCGGGCUGUACCAGGGAUCUCGCUGCGCUCGGAGAAACGCGCGGCACUCCCUCGGGGGAAGCGUUUGAAGCAAGUAAUGAGGUGGCGAAUUUUCCUUCUUGCUGAGGAAGUUAUUUGGAGGAGCCUAAAUGUCGGCCGUCACUUGGGUGAUGUGGAGAAAGCACAGCUUGAGAUUGACCCAGGUGCUCAGCUUCCUUCAAGAUCGCUGUGUGGCUGGAGGAUCCCAGAGAGAGGCGUGAGCUCCCGUCAGGCCCAGGAAGAAAAUGCCCGUGCCCCGAUAGGACUGUUGGAAGCGGUUUCGAGGGAAGAUGGGCCAGGCUGGUUGAGGGCAGAGACCGCACGGCACAGCGGCGUGCUUGGCGGAGGUGCGGGAGAGGAGCCUGGCUGGUGGGCAGGCAAUGGGGGAUCCAUGCCGCCAGCCAGGCAGGGGAGAGGCAAGGAGGCAGCGGCUUUCCUGCAGGUGGGAAUGCUCAGGCACAACCGGUGGCUAAACCAAGCAGUGCGGAAGAAGAUGGAUGGGAGAUGGGGGAAAAAUCCUUGAAAAUGGCUCCCUGGCCAUUCCAAGGCUGGAAGAGCUUGCUAGGUGUUCAGCUCUGAAAGCAUAGCUUGUUAGAGGCUUACAGCAGCCCUAGGUCUGACUGCAAGACGUGACAUAGCUUUUGCAAUUGCCCUCUGGGGAGUCUUUCCCUCCGUGCUGGAUGUGUUGGGAGCGCAGGCUCUUUUGCCUGUGAAGUUAUGUGCAACAGACGGAUGGUCUGAAAAUUGCCCCAAGGUAACUUAUUGUCUCUUGGUCUCAUUUUUAUGAGAUUCGGACAUGAGGCCAACAAAGAAAAAGAAAACAGCAUUGACCAAGACCUAGAAGUAUUUAAUGUCAAUUGUUCCUCGGUAAAGGGGAGAAAACACGAUCUCUCCACGGAAGAAGUCAAGGAGCUGAUUGCCAGAGCUGCCGUGGUGCUGCUGGGUUUAGGGUCCUGUAAGAAGUUGUUUGAAGGAGGCUGGUUGCUCAUUCCUAAUCUUUUGGCCUCCAGAAAAAGGGACAAUGAAAGAGUUUUCAGGCACAUACUUUCAGCAGUCUUGGCAGCAGUUGCUUAAAAUUAAUCCUUACUCGUGGUUUCAGAGACUUGCCUCUUGGAGCAGGCCCAUGCUAUCCUCCGUAUUUGUACUGUGAGGAACACAAUGGGACUCCAAUCCCAAUCAGAAUCUGAAUAUAGACCUAUAUGUGCGUGUGCGUAUAUGUGUUUGUAUACGUAUAGCAUAUGUAACCAGGCUGAACAGCUUGGCGUGAACAUCUCUGUGGCCCAGGCAGUGGCCCAGGCAAGCAGACCCAGAAGGGCCCAGGCUAGCCCGCCUUUCGCUGGGCCGGCAGAACCGCUCCCUGCCUUGCCGCAGGAGAAACCUCGCUCUCCCCUCUCCCCCUUUCUUUGCUCAGGUGAAGUGUACUUGGCAAUUGUAACGCUGCAGGUCCGCGAUAGUCACAAAUACUAAAUAUAGGCGUUAUAUUAAUUUGUAAGUGCUGCUUAUGCUCCUCCAUUAGCUCAUGUGGAGGGUGUUGGCAGCCCGGUGGGAGCCUCUCAGAGCAACAUCACUCAUUUUGGCCAUACAGCACAAUGCAGUGUGCGGUAGCACUUCGGUUUUGAGGAUUGAAAAUAUCUUUAUUUCAACUAGGCAGCCAAGCUGGAAAGCUGUGAGGGAUUUUCCUGAGGGGAAGUUUUUAGCCCUCUUUCUGGAAAGGCGGGAGGCUGCUGAACCAGGCCAUUUUAUUUGUUGUCACCUCCUUGCCCUGGCUGCGUUUAGUUCAUGUAGCUGUGGGGCAAUGCACGUACGCCUAGCCAGGCUAGUUUGUUGGCUACACUUUUCCUUUCCAAUCGAAGGUUUUCUUUUGUGCAAGUUACUGUAUAUGAAAACAACCUGUUGCUCUGAGUGGCUGGGCUAUACCGUUAAGCAUACUUACUUAACCCAGGAGGGUUUCUGUAAAGAGUCUACCAUCUGUUUAGUAAUGGUGAGUAGCUCUGCCCAUUCAGACACACCGGUGUAACGGGAAGACAUUAUUGGCAGGAAUUUUGCAGGAAUACUGAUUUAUUUCAUUUACACAAAAAUUAUAAGGAGAGCUCUGUAAGUUUGUAAGGCUUUAAAUGGUUGAACCAAAUGAAACUAUUAGAAGAACACAAAACUGCUCACUCAACUCUGCGAGCCCAGCUCCGCUUUCAGAUAUGCAUCUCUGCUGACUGCAGCCUAGAUAUAUAUUCUUUGCAGUGUGUGAAGAACCUUAGCUGAUGCUGUCCUGGGAAAGGUGGGGAGAGCUCUCCAUAAAGCUGAAGGAGCCUCACAGCAAAUGCUGUACACUGGUGCCCUUCUUCCUUCAAACUUCUUAGCAUCUGGCUCAAGCACCUCUGCCAGCUGUGAUGAUUAUGGAGUAGCGCAAGCAGAAAAGCUGCAAGCCAUUUGGAGAAAAAAAGUAAGAUAUCCGACAGUAAGAUAUCACGUGGGGGUAUCAGGGAUGCUCAAUAAUUGCACCUGCGUGUUAUUGAGCAACCUCAGUUUUGGAGUGGUGUUGGCCAUUUCCCUGAUGUACAGGCGGAUCUGACCCAUUUCUCUAUUGCUAGCAAAUUCAGAAAUCAUUUGACCUGAGAAUCGGUCAAACAUACCAUCCCAUCAUGUUCAUGUGCUUUCUUGUGUGUUUUAACCUAAAAAUAUUUUUUCAGCAAGAUUUUGGAGCAAGAUUUAUUUUUCGUUCCUUUUAAGCCAAUUUGGAGCCAGAAAGGAACAAAAAA